UUCUUGACGUCUCAGCGAGCGGAUUGGAAGGGGAGGAUCGGCCGCCGGCUCCAGAGGAAGUGGAGUGCAGCGGAAUGCGGAAUCCCGGAACGCACACUGAACACUCGGGACAUGUUGGCGGCCGUCCUCCUCUUGUCCGUGCUCUGGGUGACCCACGCUCCCGGGACAGCGCGGGCCAAAGUGGUCCAGGAUUUCGGGGAGUGUGACUGGUUCUUCCAGAACAAGAUGCCGCCGCAGGGAUUCAGCAGCCGAAGCCGGGUCAGGAUCUGUCAGAAGUUCAAGAACCACUACCACUACGCUACGCUGUACCGGACCGACCUGCGGAUCCCGGUGUACUCCGCCUACCGCUAUCCUUGCUCUCUCGGCGAGGGCGAAGCGUACAGACCCAGCACAUGGUUUCGGGAACCGCAGAUUGACGACCAAAAUGCCGAAAGUGACAUGAAGAGCAGCACAAAGACCUCCAGCGCCAAGCAGGCGACAGAUGAAGAUUACCGUGACUCUGGCUAUGACCGGGGGCAUCUCAAUCCCUUCGCGCUGAAUGACAAAGACAGCGCCACAGCCACCUGUACCCUGACUAACGCGGUGCCUAAGGAACACAGAGCCAACGUCAAGUGGUACCAGGAGGCGGAAUCAGUGGUCGAAAAGCUGGCGCAGGUAUGUCACAAGUCGCGGCGCACGAUGUACCUGCUGACUGGCGCUUCCAACCUGACCAAGAUCAAGAUCAAAGACAGGGUCUCGGUGCCCAAAACAGUGUGGACAGCUCUCUGCUGCACCUCCUCCCCGGAUCAAAAUAACGACCCCUGCCUCAGUGGCCACGUGCCCUCAGAGGGGCCGGAGGUGCUGGUGUACGACAGGGACUUCUCCUUCGCGUUCAUGAAGACGAUGAUGCCAGAACAAGUCACAAAACACCUGACGUUGAGGGAACUGCAGAAGAAACUGCGGGUGGAUGCACUGUUCCACAGCUGCAGAGGGACAACAGAGAGCGAUGAAGACCAAACCGUCAAGGAGGUUGAGGGACUGAUUAUGAACAAGAUCAUCAACCCCAUCAACAACACGGGCAGUGCCCUGCCCCGACCAUUCGGCUUUGAAGCGGCCACAGGAAUUGUCCAAUUCAUCCGCUCUAGUCUACUGGCUCCCAGUCGAACUGCGAUCCAGGCUGCAUUGUCCGGCUUCCUGGAGGCCACCAAGCCCAUGGCUCCAGUACUGCAUGGCGUUGGCACAGUGGUUGGGAUUCUCCUCAUCAACGCCUUUGGAGUUCUCAUCAAUAACCCCUGAUAUUUCAUAAAAGUUGCUGGUGAAUGCAGCAGGCCAGGCAGCAUCUCUAGGAAGAGGUGCAGUCGACGUUUCAGGCCAAGACCCUUCGUCAGGACUAACUGAAAGAAGAGUGAGUAAGGGAU